GCGGAUUCAAAGUGACAAUGGCCGUGAGUUCAAUAUCCAAGAAUUGCACAAUUACGAUGAGAAGGAAAAUAUUUUUUUGCAGACAUCAUGCAUAGAUAUGCCUCAACAGAAUGGCGUUGUAGAGCGUAAACAUCAGCACUUAUUGGAUACUGCGAGGGCGUUUCAGGCAGGAUUUCCACUUCAAUUAUGGGGAGAAUGCAUCACCACUGCUGUUCCUAUCUCAUCAACAGAAUGCCUCUCACAUCCAUCAAGAACCAAACCCCAUUCGAGGUCCUUCUCAGUAGAACUCCUAAAUACGACUAUCUUCGCACCUUCGGUUGUUUGGUCUAUCCGAAGGAUACUCGCUCUCAUCUCUCCAAGUUUGCAGCUCGAGGGAAACCGGGUAUCUUUGUCAGUUACCCUGCACAACAACGUGGAUAUCGAGUUUUCGACAUUGACAGUCGAAUGAUCUAUACAUCCCGUGAUGUUUUCUUCCUAGAGAAAGUGUUUCCCUUCCGCAACAUCACGCCCGUCUCCAACUCUCAGCCGCUGCAGAGCUCCUCGUCGUGGCUCCAUCAUGAUGAUGAUGAUGAGCAAGCAUAUGACACUGACCUCUUCGACAUGGUUCAAGCAGCCACCGCCUCACUUGAUAACUCGGACGUUCCCAAUGAACCAGCACAGAGUCCAUCGUCCCCAUCAACAGAGCCUGGAGAAACAUCGCCGACGUCUUCGGGUUCAUCUAGUCUUGACAAAACUUAUUCGUUGUCCUCUGACUUGUCUAAUCCGACCUCAUAAUCUUUGAGUGAUAGUACUCCCACUUCACCUCCAGCAGCAGGUGUGGUGGAGCCCACUCGACGUCGACAAAUUCAUCGGCCACUUCGUCUCGCCGAUUAUGAAUUAGAGCUUCCCGAUUGUCGCCCCACUGCCAACACAGUCUUGUACCCGAUGAGCAAUUAUGUCACAUAUGAUCGUCUCUCCACGGAUCACAAAGCUUAUGUGGCCAACGUCUUCGCCACCUAUGAGCCCACGUCAUUCAGAGAGGCAAUGAAGUACAAGCAUUGGCCCGAGUCCAUGCAAGCUUAAAUUGCUUCCCUCGAAGGAAAUGAUACUGUCACUAGCUAUGCCGCCCCCUGGCAAGCGUAUAGUUGCGUCAAAGUGGGUUUUCAAGGUCAAGUUCAAGCCUGAUGGAACGAUUGAGCGGUAUAAGGCUCGCCUAGUCGCCAAGGGUUUCACACAAAUUGAAGGCAUAUAUUAUCAUGAUACAUAUACCCCUGUUGCUAAAUUAGUGACCAUUUGUUGUUUGAUCGCUCUUGCAGUUAGUCAGGGAUGGUUUCUUCAUCUGCCCGACAUCAAUAAUGCAUUUAUGCAUGGUGAUCUACAUGAAGAAGUCUAUAUGCAGUUUUCGCAAGGUUUUUCGGCACCAGGAGAUUCUCGUGUUUGUCGACUUCAUAAGUCAAUUGAUGGAUUACGUCAAGCUUCAAGGAAUUGGUACCAGAAGUUUUCUAGUGCCCUGCUUAAUUUCCAGUUCAAGCAAAGCCGCGUGGACCACUCGUUGUUCAUCCAUCGCAAAGGCGCCAGUUUUUUUGUUACUUUGAUUUACGUUGAUGACGUGAUCCUUGCUUAUAAUGAUGCGCAGUUCAUCCAAGAUGUCAAGGAUUAUCUGCAUGCACAGUUCACCAUCAAGGAUUUAGGAUCCUUAUAGUAUUUCAUUGGCAUUGAGGUGGCUCGAUUUCAGAAGGGUAUUGUACUUAACCAACGCAAGUAUGUGUUGGAUAUUUUAGCCGACUUUGGUUUGGAGGCUACUCGGUCGUGUGCUACUCUCAUCGAGCAAGGACAUCAGCUUGGUCGUCUCUCCUCUGAUCCUGCGCCCAAUCCUUCUAGUUAACGUCGACUUGUGGGUUGACUUCUUUACCUGACCGUCACCCGUCCAGAUAUCCAGUAUGCUGUCAACAUACUUAGUCAAGCUGUGCAUGCUCCUACACAAGCUCAUGUACAUGUAGUUGUUUAGGUCCUCAGGUAUCUUAAAUAGUCCCAUGGGCGAGUACUGUUCUUCCGACUGGUGCUCCUAUGACCCUCGAUGCUUACUGUGAUGCGGACUGGGUCGGUUGUCCCACCACGCGUCGUUCUACUACUGGGUAUUUCAUCCGUCUGGGUGGUGCUCCCAUCUCUUGGCGCACCAAGAAACGGUCUGUUGUUGCUCAGUCUUCUGCUGAAGCUGAAUACCGAUCCAUGGCUCUAACAGUUAGUGAACUCAUUUGGUUGCGGUGGCUUCUUUCCGAACUCAGUCAACUAAUGUCACUACCUGCUCCUCUCUACUGUGAUAAUCAGGCCGCCUUGCACAUUACCGCUAAUCAUGUCUUCCACUAGUGCACUAAGCAUGUGGAAAUGGACUGAUAUUUUGUUCGGGAGCGCGUUCUUGGUGGUGACAUUACUCCUUCUAAGAUUGCGACUACGGACCAGCCAACAGAUCUCUUUACCAAAGGCUUGAGUGCUGAUCGUUUUAAGGAACUUCUUGUCAAGCUCAGCAUGCUUGAUAUUCACGCCUUCGCUUGAGGGGGAGUAUAGAGGUGUAAUAUUUUACUAUACGUCGUCGGUUUGCAGCUUGUCCAAUUGUGUUGUUGUCCACGUCACUUAGUGUAGGACGUUUUGGCCGUGUGGUGUUAGGGUUGGCCGCCUAGUGUUCGGGUAUAAAAGCUUAGUUGUGGU